UUCAAUUUGAAAAACACUGAAUAUGACAUUUGUGACAUUCGCGGUCACAAAUUUUUCCCUGAUGCCACCAAUGCAUUUAAAUAAACAAAAACCGGACACAAACUUUCUAUUUUCGACAUAACACAGUAUAUAAGAGUGUCUACGAUCAGAAGAAAUGUCUUCAACGUAUUUCGAUAAAAAGAUUGACGGUCUCGAUCUGAUUGUAUUCGAUUUGGACUAUACUCUAUGGCCAUUUUACGUCGAAUAUUGCGAUAAACCUUUCAAAAAAACCGAAACGGACAUACUGGACGCCAGUGGCAACCAAGUUAAGCCAUAUCCGCAUUCAACGAAUAUCUUACAAAAAUUGUCCAGCCUUGGCUACAAAAUUGGUAUUGCAUCUAGGACGUCUGCUGUAAAGGACGCUGCUGAAUUAGUCAAUUCAUUCGAAUGGACGCAAUACAUCAGCUAUCAGGAAAUCUAUCCGACCUGCAAAGUUCAGCAUUUCAAUCAAUUCAAUAAGCAAUCUGGGAUUCCAUUCGAACGGAUGCUGUUUUUCGAUGACGAGGAACAUAACGUUGCGGAUAUAAAUGGAAUCGGUGCCGUUGCUAUACUUGUGGAUAGCGGGGUCAGCGACAGUGUGGUUGCUGAUGGUCUUGAGUAUUUUGUGAGAAAACAGAUCAUCGGGAAAUGAAGG